AUGGAGCGAAUGCGCUUGCGCGAACCCGACUCCGGUUCAGAAAAGGAGGACGUCAUGGUCACUUUAUCGCUUUCCGAACCACCGGCACCACCUCGGACCCGAUCCCCUUUGGCCCGAUCGCAUCUCCGCUCUCGUUCACUGGCGGGGAUCCCAGGUAUGCCGUCUAUGACGCGCGCCUAUUCCUCCCCGGGGCUGGAUUCCCGGGGUCGGCAUAUCUUUAUCAACGGUCGCGGGGCACCCGUCGAUACAAAAAGGCUGCAGAUGCGCUCUGAAGAUCACAUCGAGGCUCGCAUGGGUUCUCUGAACAUCUCCGAGACUAUCUCAGAGAACGCAGAGCUCGAAACAGCCCCCCGAUCUCCCUCCUCACAGUCCGGCUCUCCUGUCCUCAUGGCGCAGACGUUCCCCCGCAUCAGUCGUCUGCGUCCGACUUCUCCCCUUCAUCUACAGCCCCCCGGCGGCUCCCCCUCCUUGCAUCCCUCGCCCGUGCUUGGCUCCAAGUACAACGAGUCAUACCCCGUGAAUUCUGCCUCCUCAGUCUCGUCGGUCUCCGUGCCCUCGACCCCCACCAGCUUGCGCUCUCGAAGUCCCAGCAUUUCGUCCUUGGAAACAAUUCCCGAUAUCCCAGAUGCCGAGAAUGAGGCUCUGGAAGAGGAUCGCAUUGCCGAAUUGAAAGCCGCGGCAGAUGCAGCCGACGCGGCCAGCAAUGCGAACCGACGGCGCGGAGCACCUGAUGCGCCUGGUAACUUCACCACAAUGCGCGGAGGAACCGGCACAUACGCACCUCGCAGCGAUAAGCGGAAGCGGUGGAGUGUAUGCGGCGCCGAACGACGACAGGAUCUCGACCUAGAGACCAUUUGGGAGGAUUAA